CUUCUCCGCAUCAAUUUACCAAUGGCUCUUCCUAGAGCACGAUUUCGCACCCUUUCAUGGGCUAGCCAAUUUCUGGCGUACAAACGUCCGUCUUGGCAAUGUACAGCCUGCAGAACUCUUCUCCAGACUCCAAUUAUUGCUCUGCGCAGAUUCGCGACAACGGCUUCCGAAGAGCCUAAGAAACCAUACUAUGUGACAACACCUAUUUUCUAUGUGAAUGCCGCCCCUCAUGUCGGCCAUCUAUACACAAUGAUAAUAGCCGACAUCCUAAAAAGAUGGCGAACACUCCGCGGUGACAAAGAUGCCCAACUAUUAACCGGUACCGAUGAGCAUGGCAUGAAGAUCCAGCAAGCUGCCCUGGCCGCGGAAAUGGAUACUCAAGCUUUCUGCGAUAUGAAUUUCAAGACCUUCGAGGCUUUAGCCAAGGUGGCAAACAUGGAUUACAAUUAUUUCAUCCGGACGACAGAGCCAGCGCACAAGGAGUCUGUACAGUACUUCUGGGAGAUGUUGAGUCACAGAGGCUAUAUCUAUACUUCUAAGCAUGAGGGUUGGUACUCAGUUAGCGAUGAAACGUUCUAUCCCCCGUCGCAAGUACACAACUCACUAGAUCCUACUACUGGGAGGAAAAGAAUGGUCUCCGCCGAAACUGGGAAAGAAGUGGAAUGGUCCUCGGAAACGAAUUAUCACUUCCGCCUGUCUGCCUUUCAGGAGCGUCUGUUGGACCUGUACAAGACAGGGUUCAUUACGCCUUCAAAUUAUACGACAGAAAUAGUUAAGUCGGUCUCUUCUGGGCUCUCAGAUCUGUCGAUCUCCAGGCCCGCAGAGCGGCUAACCUGGGGAAUUCCCGUUCCUGGCGAUGAAACCCAGACCAUCUAUGUAUGGCUGGACGCACUUGUCAAUUAUUUGACCAAGGCGGGAUACCCUUUCCCACCUGGCCAAGAAGGCCGUCAUGGGUGGCCGGCAGAUGUGCAUGUGGUCGGCAAGGAUAUUGUUCGUUUUCACUGUGUAUACUGGCCAGCGUUCCUCAUGGCACUGGAUCUCCCCCUCCCCCGUAAUGUUCUCGUCCACGGGCACUGGACGAUUAAUCACGAGAAGAUGUCAAAAUCUACAGGAAAUGUUGUGAACCCCUUCUUCUCCCUAGAUCGUUUUGGUGUUGACACGAUGCGCUUCUUCCUUGCCUAUCAAGGAGGCUUGGCGGGGGAUGCGGACUACGAUAACUCCUACAUCAUCCGUGAUUACAAGAAAUUGCUCCAAUCGGGCAUCGGAAACUUGGUGCUCAGAACGAUUGGCUCUUCUAAAGGGAAAUUGCAUUCUUACAUUGCCAGCGGAACGUCUGGCGAGCUUCCGACAGCAAAUGAGCAAGAUUCGCAGUUCGAACAAUUGCUGAGGGAAAUCCCUGUCAAGGUGGCGGAACAUAUGGAGGGCCUUAACCCUCGUGCCGCAUUGCAAGACAUUAUGGUGCUAAUCGAGCAGGGUAACAAGUAUAUCCAUCUAUCGGAGCCAUGGAAGGAUGCUGUCAAGGCUCAGCGUGUGUUGUUCAAUGUCGCCGAAUCCCUCCGGAUUACCGGCAUUCUCCUACAACCCUUUAUGCCCACCAAGUCUAAGGAGCUUCUAGAUGUUCUCCGCGUGGAUGGUGCCGAUCCCUCCAAGCGGGCAUUCUCGGCGGCAGUCUUUGGAUCGGAUUCAAGUUAUGGGGAAGACAUGAAGAAGACGGUCUUGUUUCCCCCUCUUAUCGUGGAGCAAUAAGCGUCAGAAAUCUUUUCGGUUUGAUAACAAAAAAGCUCCGGAAGCCAAUCAUAAAAAUAAAUUACAACCCCAGGUUGCGAUCUAAUUGGCAUUUUUCUCCACUGACGCAAGGAUCAGGGAAGCGUCGCGAAGCUUUUCCCGAUUUUGCUCGAUGAAAUUGGCUUGCAAGGUUUCUUUUCCCUCCACGCUCGCCCCCAUAGAGGCGGUUUGCGUUAUGUCAUGGCCAAUCCAGAGUUUUGCUCGAUCCCACAAGGUUAUCAGCGGGAAAAGCCCAGAUCCACGACGUUAGGAGCGUGAUUGAUAUCGGGGCGGAAA